AUGUCGACAUCGUCAUCAGUUCCCAAACCCGAAAUUACGCGAGACGCCAUUAUUUGCGAUUGGAAGGUUACUCGAAAAAUUGGUUCUGGAGGUUUUGGCGCUGUUUAUGAAGUCGAAAAAGAUGGAGUGCCAGGGGCUCUUAAGACUGAAUUUGUAGAUCAAACUGGCGAACGAAGUGAAACGCUCAGAAAUGAGGCCUGAGCGGACAUUCGGUCAUUCGUCAUUCGUCGUCGGACAUUCGGUCAUUCGACAUUCGGAGCUAACAAGGAAUUGUGA